CUAGUAAUAGUGGCAGUGGAGUAGGAGAACACGGCUGUGAAAAUAAGAAGUGUGUGGCGUGUUGCGGUAAAGCUACAAAGGUGGAGUGAGGGGGAUUACUUUAGUCGAGGAGGGGGCCAACACGGCAGUAUUCAACCCACGGCGGCCACACAAUCUUCUCCAAGUCAGUCAGUUGGUCGGUGAUCGGACUCGGCCUCGGAUCGAAUCGGAUCUGAACUUCAAUAUCACCUACUAACCGCUUCUGGUGAUUGGUGUCACGAUGUGCUAUUUAUCGCAGGGCUAUCUCCAGCAAAGAAAUUCCGAAAUUCGACAAAUAUUCUUUUUUGCAGAUAUCGCGUGAAAUGACAUUCCAGUGUUAUGUGUAUGUCAUCAGACAAAACUUAUUAAUCUAGGGAUUUUAGAAUAUCAAAAGUACUGUCACCGGUUUUAAGAAGUUCCGAAGACAUUCUGCCAAAUUAUCGUGGCUGUACGCCCCUCAGCCAUGCAGCACUGUUUGCUGUCAUCGCCUUUCAUACACAUUGCAUGAGAAUUUAUAUCGAAAUAAAAACAUGGAAUAUCGACAUUUUCGCAAUUAGCACCACAGAACUACCGAGGAAACACGACCAAAAGUGAGAAAUAAAACAAAAAUCUUUAAACUACUUACAAUUACCACAGCGAUUAUUCGAGGGAUCCAUAAUGAUAAUGGAAGUUCCUUCAGACAUCACGUCGCCAUUGCCUGCAGUUCGCGUUAGCAGUUUCAUUAGAGUUCCGUCUUACGUUUGCUUUACCACUCAUUACUAAAGGUUAGAAUUUCCUCUUCAAAAAACGACCUAGUGAAGGAUAUUUCCUGCUUUCUUGAGGUUUUAUACACAUUCAUAUUACAAAUGAAAUGUCUUGGGUUUCUAUAACCUCAAAAAGUACUAUGAGGCAGUUGUUUCUAGCUAGCUAGGUUAGGUAAUGUAUACAUAUUGGAAGGGGGGUCGGUGGAUUGGAAACGUGUGUGUUAAGCCUGGUUUCUUUCAUAUAUACAAGCCACGAGCCCAGGGAUCAUCUUAUUACAAACACAGCCCGACGAUACACACGUGCAAGCAGACAAGAAGAUUUGGUUUUCCACGUGGAGGACAGCUGGAUUAAUGUGCAAAUAUCACACAUCAUGGAGCCAAGGUGCGGUAUUUCGUGUGUAUAAAUUUAUCUUUUAAUUGCGGUUUUCUGUACCGAACAUACAUAUCCUGUACGCGAAAAAAACAAAACAUUUUGCUGUUACGGGGAUCGGUUUGUCCAGGAAAUUAUCCCCAUGUGGUAACUUCUUCCAUUCCAGGAAUUUCCGUCUGUAGUGAGAUUAAACAAAGAGCCAUGGUUGUAUGUGGUAUAUGUGUUUGAUAAUAUGCAAUGAAUGAUAAGUUUGUUAAUCAAGUGUACGCCUGAGGGCCUAUUAUAAGCAAUUCACAGCUCAAACAAGGUACUGUGUGCGUGUGUCACAGAAAUGCUCGAAACACGUUGUGAAGUUCUGGCGGCCGUUGACGGCAACAACCAGUGGCAAACCCAUGUCUAGUGCACGGACGUAGGACUGAUUCCUCUCUUCGAGGAUUCUGAGACUUUUAAUUCGUAACAGCACUGCCUCAAUUUGUAAUAUGCAAUCACAACAUUGUAUUUCGAUUAACCUAAGGCCUCCUAAUUACUAUGCAACGAGGGUAACAAUGACAAGAUACGUCUGUAACGAAAUAUAAAUACUAAACAGUUAAUGAGUACGAAUGAUGAACUAAAUUAUCAACUACCAAUUUGUUAUUUGUCUAUUUGUAAAGCUCUCUCAAACAGAAUUUAGUGCGACGUGUUAAUCCUUUUGUUUUUUAAGUGACUAGAAGAUAAACGAGGAACAUACAGGAAAAAACUAGAUGAUUUAAAUGUGCGGAAGAAAAACUAGUUCUACAGUAAAGAAAUAAACCGCUGAAGUGAGGCUCAUCUCUCGCUGCACACGCGAAAUGUGUUCAGUUGUACCUUACGUGUCCACGUGUUGCGAAGUGAAUUUUGUGUGUCGGUGCUAAAUGUGCGUUGGUUUCAGCAGUACUAAAGAACAUUUAGAACUAUAAAAGACGUGCAGCAAGAUUCUUCUCCGUGAGGUACCUCAACAUCUCCGGGGACAACGCUGUCUCUUCUUGCACUUAAGGCGCGACCUACAUCGAAGCACCGCCAAUCACCACCCCGUGGCAACGAAGGAGUCUGCAGAUGUGGGAACAAUACCGGCAGCCGAUCAUUUCAAGUUCCUAAUGAUCUUCUACAUCUCAUCGCCACUACCUCUACAAGUCGAAAAAUUGUCAUCGGUGAAGUCGGAGGGACUUGGCCGUCUUCAGCUGAGCACACUGCCCAGCCUGUUGCCGGUCGAUGGUCGGCGACAGCUUGUCGAGUCAGUCUACUAUGCGAAUUGUUAACCUCAGGACCCUUUUCGCGGUGCUCUCCCUUGCCGCCAUAUUGUUCCCGCGCUCUGCUACCCAGAACAACGAAUCAUCCUCGGUGAAUCACCCUGGCAACAAGGACCAUCUGUACGUGGCCCAGGACGGAGGAGAUCAUUCGUUCUUUGAGGGCGGGGAGAGUCGCCGGCUGACACACCGGGAGAUGCAGAUACUGCUGCGUCGAGAAGGCGGUGAUGAGGGGCGCCCCGUGGACUGUUGCCCUUCUGUGGAGGAAAUGGUAGAACCGGAGGGCGGUCGAAACAAAGACGACAUGUACGUGGUGCUCUUCCGGAACGGCGACAUACGUCAGAGAUUCUACGAAUACUCGUGUAAAGAGAAUGUUGUAGGCAGGCCGUGCCGGUUUUUGGAAAGGCGAUUACACAAUCAGUCACGGUGUGUUCAGAAAUUCUCGUACACGUACGCUAUUGUAAGAAAUCCCGCAGUAUCCGCGUCGUCUGCAGAGUCGGGCUCUGGCGAGCCGCAGAGACACCAUCACCACAGGGCUCAUCACCUGACAGCCCUCCCACUCACCACGUCUACACCAAACUCCUUUGGUGGCUCGGAGUGGAUGCUCGAUUACAUCCGCGUACGCAGCGGAUGCGGGUGUGAAGUGAUGCCCAAACCCAAGAAGCGUUCAGCUGCCAACAAGGGCAAGAAAAGUAAAAGCAAAAAAUCUUUUAGUGAAGACGAUUUACAGACCUAAAAACGUAUAAAUGUUCAUCGUAGUGGUUAUUAAUGUAAUUAUAACUAUGUUGUUAUAUUGAUAUUCGGUCGUUUCACCGCCUCAUCUCCCUUCAGAAUGUAUUACGCUUAUAAAACAGAUGAAGAAGGCACGGGAAAAAUAGUUACAUUAAACAUUAUUUUUCAUAAUGCAUAACACAAGGCAAAAUGUUGAGCAUCAGACACUAGAGGUUAUGUAAUAGGCCUAUAGAUUACUAUAACCUCUAAACAAAGAAGUGACUGGGUUUUUGACUCUAGGAGAAUGCAGAAAAGUAUUGGACAAAUUUUUCAAUCAGCAGGUUAUAAAUACUAAAUGACUUCAUAGACAUGAAUCACAGAAACUGAACACAUCAAUAUCCAUCAUUCAGUAUAUAAAGUUUUUUUUCAUUUACAGAACCCCUUUGCAAAUCUGGCAAAUUUUGAGGCCCGCAUUUGACCUGUAAGCCAAGACCCAAAAAGCAAACAGAGUAUGGGUGAGCCUGUACAAAAUGAUCUUUAUCUACCACAAUUUAUAUUUUAUAUAUUUUUAUUGUCACUUCACAUAUCUCCAAAAUAAACAAUAUUAGACAAAACUUAUAAACCUGCAGACACAAUGUAUGUUGUUGUAUAUGGUGCGGCAGUUCACUUAUCUUUACAUUAGUUCGUGCCCUCGCCAAUACCAUCUUCAUAUUUCUCUGUUGCUUUUUAAAUGGUGCUCGUUUAGAGUCUUCAUUCUAAAAACUGCUAUGUUAUGUAAUUUUAACUACAAAUUUUUCACGUGUGUUCUUCAGUUAUGAUUUAUUCUUUUUAUCUCAUAAUUAAGUCAACAUUUUAUUACGUAUAUGGUUGUUACUAAAUUAAUAUACACUUUACCAAUUAUUCAUUUGCUCAUUAAGUCAUCAAACAUUCUGUUACAAAUUAUUUUAUUAUCAAGACUUGGAAGUUUUAACUUCAGUAUAUAAGGCAUGUACGCAUGUGUGGUUUAAAUUCAGAUGCAUUUUUGUCUGUCUGAAUGCAUAAUUGUAUCCUACAAUUUAGAGAAUUGUGUUUUAGGACUACAUGGUAUGGCUGGAAGACCGAGUGAAAUGAAGUUGAAAUAAGAUAGAAUGAGAUUAUAUGUGUGCCAUAGGAACAUGGAAUAUGUCUAUCCUUUUUGUUGUAAGGAAGCACAUUCUUGGUUUGUUCCAGUGGUAGCGAGUAAGAAUUUCUUCUUUCCACCCUGCAGUUACUUAUUACUCACUUAAUUUGUUAAUUGCUGCUAUCACCACUGCAGAAAGCUCAAGGCCACGACAAACCAGGUAACAUAACGGCCAGUUUUCUCAGGUGCUUUCAUUUUUUUAAUUAUUACUAUUAUUAUCAUCUGAAUAAUUUAAUUAACAGUCAUUCCUUAGGUGUUUGUCACAUCUUUGCACAUUUCGUAAUGUAUUCUUUCUUGUAAAACAUAAAUUGUUUCUGUACUGUAAAAGAAUUUUGGGUGGAAAAGAGACCAGUCUAACCUUAUAAUAAAUUGUGGCAAUCUGUACUUACAACCUUACUAAAAUUUACACGGAGGGAUUUAAAUGUACAUCAAACAUGAGAUAUGAUCUAACAGCAAGGAGCAACUGUAUGCAACACUAUGAGACGUAUUUAAAAGAUUAAGGGGUGUUUGUGGGAAAAAAAGACAAAAAUGAAUUAUCUGGUUAUCUGAUACAGAAUACCUUUGGAGAGUUUUAUGUCGAAAAAUUUACUCUUAUUUCUUUUUUUCCCUGUAAAAUGAAAAUUGAUAAUUCUGUCAUAACUGUGACUGAAGCUAGAGAAACCUUAAAUUUUUUCUAUCCUGCAAAUUGAUUGUCCACGUUCUUCUCAAAACCACGAUUUAAAUUGUAACAUCUCAAAAGUACAGUAAUGGGGAUUGGCAGCAAAAGUAUCUAACAAUAAAUCAGGAAUAAAGCACUACUUUUGUCCUAUAUAUUUUCCUAUUCAGCGUCGGUCCGUGUAGGGCACAUAAAAUUUUAAAACUACAAAGUUUACAAUGAGAAACUUUACAAAUAUGUACAGGAACAUACCAAAACCAGCAGAGAAGUUUAAGUUGCAAUGAAAAACAAAUUCCAACAUAUACUUUUCACACAUGUUUUAGCACUGUGUAAUAUGACACAUUGGAGAUUUAUGAGAAAGUGUAUUCUCACUCAUCAAAUCUAUUAAUACAUUUAGCAAGGGGCAAAAGAGAAAAUUAUAGUGUGGGUCGUCUCAAGCUAGCACAAAAAUAACCAAAUGAAGCAAGUAACAAUGAACAAUAGGAGUAAAACAAUCCUGGAAUGCGGGUGGCUUUGUGUGGGACUCACACCAUAAUCUGCAAGGUUAAUAAUCAUUGAAACAAGCAAAACCAAUUUUAGUGUCAUACAGACUGUCCCAUGCUGAAUACUGAAACGGAGGUUUCCUGCUACAGCCAUCACACAAAUCACAUUCCUUCCAUAACAAAAUUAAUGAAAGACCUGUCUCCAAUUUGAAGAAAAAGUCUAGGUUUCAUAGUACUUUUGCAUUGAGGUGUUUGGUCUAUUAAACUACAAUUUGGAACACUCCAGAAUUUUGACGGGAUUCUUAAUCAAACAAGACACAGCCGCCCCCUACGUAUCACGUCCCAUUAAAAUGUUGCAGAACGCUCAGUAUGCACACUUGUUUCAGUAUUACAAAAUGUGCGAGUACUAUAUAACAUGGCUUCUUUGUUACUAUGUUCACAUGUAUCUCUAUGUACAACCAUUAUUAAAUCAUCAAUUCAGAGUAAGAAUAUAUUAACCCUUAGAAGCCACAGCACAUCUAAAUAAUAUUUAAACAUUCUGUCUGUACUGCAAAGAAAACAAAAUGUCUCCAUUACAAAGAUCAACUCGUUAAUGCUGUAUAAGGAAAUAAUCAGUGUUUACUGAGGAACUUACAUAAAACAAAUGAAUAAACACUGGGCCAAAUGAUUACUAAAACUGGCGAUAAAUAUAGUUACCAGUGGGUUUUAAAGGGUUAAUCACUUUUGCACACUUCCAGCACUGAGAUAAAAAUGUUAUAUUACUUGUAUUUUCUUCUGGAUUAUCCUAACCAUGGAUCCUAAAAGACCUUGCCUUCAAAACCAAAUUUUAAGAACAGUCAAAAUAUAUGGGUUCUGGUAAGAUUUCAGAUCUUCAUAGCAGUCAAUAUGAAGAUUAAUGUGUUUAGGGUUAUUGCGCUAUGUAUUCUUGUAUAAACUUACUGAUAUUUCGGAUAUGCAUACUGCCUCCAACAUCAGGGCGAUGCAAUCAUUGCCCUGGUGAUGGAGGCAAUAAGCAUAUCUGAAACGGUCAGUUCCUACAAGAAUACACAGCGCAAUAUCCCAGAAGACAGACAUGGGGUUUCUCAUUUUGAAGCUUCUUAACACGAUGCACUGGUGGAUCAAACUUUUUGUAAGGGUGAUGUACACUGUCUUUGUAUGUUUCUGAAAGCGGCAUUUUUGUUCUGUCUGUAAUUUAAAGAGUUGCUGGAUACAAAUACAUAAUCAGAGAAAAUGGUGUGAACUAACAGAAUCUCCUUGCAUUAUAGCUGUCUCUGCUUGGUAUUAUAUCUCGAAAUAAUAUUUUUAGUACAGUAUUAUGGUAAAAUAUGUAUAUUAUUUACUGGGAAAAGCUAUACAUAGUUGUUAUGAUGUACCAAUGAAACUACAUGGUGUCACCCCUUUGAAGUACACAAUGUAAAUUACAACACAAUGUUGCCAUUUCCAGUGUAUUAUAGUUUCAGGUAUCUCCAUAAAUAUAUUAUAGUUACAAAAUACAGACAAUUUCUGUGUAAAGUGACAGGCCCAUAGCAUUGUAUAAUACUAUAACUGAAAAUAAAAUGUACUGAGAUGUGUUCGAUGUAAAUAAAAUGUUGGGCCUACCUUGAGAA